AAAACUUGUACAUCAAAAAAAAGUGAUUCAGGUAUCUCCGAUAAUCAAUUAAACUCAAAAACAUGCCUAUUACUCAAAACCCGGCGGCAGAAGAUUUGCACGAUAAUCGCACCUGUGUGCAUGGUAGAUGGACUUCACGGAACUCCUGUCUAUGCGAUCCUGGCUAUCGGACUGCUAUUACAGAUGAAAACACUGCUCCAAGUACCAUCUUAUGUGACUUUGCAAUACCCUCUCAAAACGUUAUGCCCCUUCCGUUUUAUAAGAAUAAUACUUUGGUGAUUUGUGCAGCUUUCAUUGCUGGUCUAUUACUGAUUGUCAUUUGUUUUGUCAUCUGCAAAUACGUGCGGAAGCGCAAAAAUCGUGGCAAUGAGAGUUCGCCUAGGAACCCUAAGGCUGAAGCUAGAUCAUAUGUUACUAAUACGCUUGCACCAGCGCCUAUGGGAAGCCCCGAAUAUUAUGGUGAAUUCAAUGCACAUCUUUCUAAUCCAGUUAUGAACAUGAACCACUGUAUGCCUGUCGCGAACCAAAGACGUCUUGAAAUAAUGCUAAUGCAGGCUCAACGACCUCAAUCAGAACUAUGUUACACAGUUCCUUUCCCCGAACCAUCGUGGCAACCGAACGGAGCCGGUGUGGAGAAUGAUAGGUAUGUCUAUAUGAAUACCGUUUCAGAGCGCAAUCCGGGUGCGCGCCCCGAGCUGGUUGCUGUUUGUUGUCAUGACAAGCCCUUGUGA